AUGGCCAUGGCGAAAGCUCCCCAACUUGUGCCGGAAAUAUGGCUCGAGAUAUCCCGACAUCUCGAUAACCGAUCCGAGAUCGCAGCCCUCGCCCAGGUCAACAAAUUCCUUCAUAGUAUCUUCCAAGCUGAACUUUACCGUCCCGCUGUUGCAGAGAAGGCCCCUGAGAUCACCGUUGUCGCCGCCGCCGCUGGCAACUUGGAAACCCUCCAAGUUGCAGCAAAGUUCGGCGCAGACCUCGACAAUUUCUAUCCGUUAAAGCCCGCACGCUCGGUGAAAGACAUAAUGUACCCAGCCCCUCCCGGCUGGGGCACGCCUCUUCACCUUGCUGCUUACCAUGGCCAUUACAAUGCUGUGAAAUGGCUGAUCUCGCAAGAGUUCGACGGGCGCAGCAGAGAGUCCGAAUACCCUGCUUGGACGCCUCUUCAUCAUGCUAUUUGCGGUGGACACACUUCAGUCGCCAAACUCCUGCUUUCCGCUGGAGCUAGUGAUAAGCUCAUCGUACCAGUCGGAUCGAAGUUUUACCUAAAGAACUGCGACUGCGACAAUGGCGAGGCAGACGAAGAUGAAUCAGUCAUAGAUGAUUCUAGCGAUUAUGCGGACCAUCCUUUCCUCGGUCAAUCUGGGCACCAGAUAAAGGAUCGUCACCCUUUUGGCUUUUUCAUCACAGACAUCCACCCAAUUCAUACCGCAGCGGCAUCUGGCAACAUACCUCUGGUUUCAUACUUGAUACGCGAAAAGGACGUGGACGUUGACAGACUAGACGACAAUCAUGCGACACCGCUAUACCACGCAAUUGCGGCAAAGCAGGCUUCCUUGGUUUUGUACUUGCUUGAUCUUGAUUUUGGGGUCGACAUAGCCAAACCGCGGCAACUCCGUGUGGACAGAGACUUUUUCGUGUCACACCACAAUGCCCUCGACUUUGCCCUCGCUCAUGACGUAGGAAGUUGCCGUGUCAUUUUAAACCGCGGAGAAGCAACGUGGAUCGAGAACAUCGACGAUGAGGGUCUUUCUCACUAUAAAUCAACUCUGAGGACUUCGCUUGCAGAAUUCACUAUGCAGCUGAGGCACCCAGAGAAUGUCUUCACAUUGAGGAGCUAUAUUGACCGUGGUGAUGAGGAUAUCCCGCGCAUCUUCACCUCAAUGUUGCCCACAUUCUGUCAGGCCACGCUGGACGACGUCCAUAUGUGCGGAUUGGGGGAUGGAUGGUUACGAUUCUUCCGUGCCGAAAUGCAGCUGUCAUUCCUCAUUGCCUGCAUUGCGAUAGAGAUACACGACGAAGACUUGGGGGUAUUCCGAGAGGCGGGAAGCUUCCUUGAGAACGGAGGCUUCGGUAUGGACAGCCUUUUGCCGAGGGAACACCUGUUUCAAUUGAUGCAGCUUUGUGCGCAGGUUGAACACAAUGCUUUGCCACAAGAGCUGCAUCCCGACAGUGACCAUGUUGACACCUUGUCGCAAUGCCCUAUCGGUACCCUUGCGCUGGUGUUUAUGAUGGCAACACGGCCUUGGUUGGACAUGGAGUACACGGCGCGUAGGGUUUCCAUGCUGCUGAGCGAUGGCGCAAAGGUGACACUGGAUGACCGUAGGCUUCUCGCGUGCUCACCCAUGGUUCUACUGCUCAACCGAAUGAUGGACGACCCGUUCUUCACGUUUCGGUCGCUUUCCACAGAUCCUUCUUGCGUCGGCUUGGUCUGUGGACUUGGAGAGGCCGGCGGGUGGAUUCCCAUUACGAACGGAACCGCUGAAGACUUGGGCCCUGUAAUCGAUGAGCUAAUCGAUACCUUACCUGAAGCAGAAGGGAGGUGGCUUUUCGAAGAGACGGAGAGUUCCAUGCCUGAUACAACUCAAAAGUUGUUUCUGGCAGCUUUGGAGAGGAAAGGACGACGACAUCGGUCCUCAUCUACAACAUAA